AUGGGAGCCCUCUCGGCAGAGCAGACUUCCGUGGCUGCGUUGUCCCAUCGCACCGUUGCAAUCAGGCUCCUGAAUUCGGCAUUGUCGAAGCCUGCUGAAAGCCGGGGUGAGAGCGAUGCUAGAGUUGCCACCGCUCUUGCCCUCACGUUCCAAGUCACGCAUUUCCCGGACGGGCUUGGGGAGUUUCUGACCAUGAUUCGUGGAUGCCAGCUUAUUGCAACUAACGACAAGCUAAUGGAUUCAGACUCUGCAUUCUACGCCUUCCGCCCAGAAGCCCAUUUGGCGACCAUGAUGCAAAGGCUGAAUGCUGCUGACGUUCAAAUCGAUGCGAGAUCCCUUGAUGCCGCUCUUGCAUCUAUUGAUGCUGUGGGGGCUCUUUGCGUCUCGGACCUAGAGCUGGAGUAUCAUCAGCGUCUCGAAGAGUCGGUCCGGCUUGCGUACAACAGCCCUGGUGAAGCGUACAAAUCCUUUACCGCUCUGUACGGUUGGCCAGGUAGAUGGUCACAGGAGUCAUUCCAAGCCUUUAUAAGUCCGGAUAAUCGGGUUGCUCAAGUCCUCCUUGCGCACUUUCUCGUGAUUCAGGUUGUCUUGGGUCCUAUCCUUAUUUACGAGAGGUUGGGCUGCGAACAAGUCUUUGCUCCGUCGGCGAUGUUAAACUGGUUGGAUAACAUUCAGAAGACCGUCGGGGAUGCAUUCCAGCCAUACUUGGAGUGGCCCAUCGCUGUGUCAGAGUGGAUAUCCAACAAGGUAAUGCCUGUCUCUGAGAUUGAAGAUCACCUGUGA